AAGAACUCAUCAUAAUGUUUACGUCCAUUUCUAACUUUGUGGGUAAAUUUCGUCGUUUUUCUCGCCGAUGUUGUCUUGUUAAUCUCACUGGGAGAUACAUAGCUUCGUCAAGUGUAAACAACAACCGUUCUGAGAGGAAUUCUGUGGUAUUUUUGAGAGCAAGAGAAUAUAAAGACCGAGUUGCGAUCGUUGAUUCGAAUGGAAGCCACUCUUACGAGCGUAUUCUAUUCUUGAGUCAAACAAUUGGGAAUGGCAUCUUACAGAGGAUCAGAGGAAGAGACCUUUCUGGCCGCUGUGUUGCUUUUCUCUGUCCAAACGACGUUUCGUACGUAGCUACGCAAUGGGCGAUCUGGAGAAAUGGCGGCAUUGCAGUUCCUCUCUGCAAUUCUCAUCCUACAAGCAUGUACGAUUACAUGAUACAAGACUGUAACGCCGAUUUAGUCAUAUCGUCCAGUGAUUAUGCGCCUAAACUGGAACCACUAGCUAGGGGACAAGAAGUCACUAUUAUGUUUUUGACAGAUGUCGAUCAAGUCUUAACGUCUGCUAAUCAGAUGUUGUCAAGUGAAGAGCUCACUGCAGUGGAAAUGACGGAGCAAUGCUGGGAUGAGCGUGAUGCAAUGAUUGUGUAUACAAGUGGAACCACAGGACAGCCAAAAGGUGUUUUGUCCACACAUGGAAAUUUGAGAUCACAGAUUACUGCUUUAGUCAAAGCAUGGGAAUGGAAGGCAGCUGACUAUAUUAUCCACUGUCUUCCACUUCAUCAUGUCCAUGGCAUAGUAAAUGUCCUUCUUUGCCCUUUGUGGGUUGGAGCCACAUGUCACAUGUUACCUAAAUUUAUACCUGACAAGGUGUGGGAUAUCCUAACUGGAGAUGAGCCACGCCCAUCUUUAUUCAUGGCUGUUCCAACAAUUUACAGCAAACUGAUAGAGCACUAUGGAAAAGAGAACCUGACAAAAGAAGAGAAGGAGAAAAUAAGAUUUAGAUGUGAACAACUCAGAUUAAUGGUGUCUGGUUCAGCUGCUCUCCCUGAGCCUGUCAUGAAAAGAUGGAAGGAAAUAACAGGACAUACACUGUUAGAAAGAUACGGAAUGACAGAGAUAGGCAUGGCUCUAUCGAACCCUCUGCGUGGACCAAGAUUAGCGGGCUCUGUGGGAACCCCUUUACCUGGAACAGAAGUUCGGGUUGUCACAGAGAACGUGGAUGGUGAAAAAGAGGUUAUAGCUGAAGGGAACGAACAUGGAUCUCAUGUUUCGUCUUUCAACGAAGGCCGAGAAGGAGAGCUUCAAGUUCGUGGACCAUCAGUGUUUAAAUGUUACCGGAAUAAACCCGAUGCUACAAGAGAGACCUUUACAGAGGACGGCUGGUUUAAAACAGGCGACACUGCUGCUUAUGCAAAUGGAGUGUACAGCAUUCUGGGAAGGACAUCGGUAGAUAUCAUUAAAAGUGGAGGAUACAAGAUCAGUGCUCUUGAAGUUGAGCGACAUCUCUUAUCACACAAUGACAUUGUAGACUGUGCUGUGUUGGGCAAACCUGAUCCCGUGUGGGGAGAGCGUGUGGCUGCAAUUGUCACGCUGAGUCCUGGCAAGAAAUUGAGUCUUGAAGACUUGAAACGAUGGGCCAGCGGUUUCAUGGUUCCAUACCAGAUUCCCUCGGUCUUGUUGGUGGUCGAGGAGUUGCCACGGAACACUAUGGGAAAAGUGAAUAAAAAAGAAUUAAGAACAGUAUACUUUGGUAAGGAAUGAUAGGAAACAUGAAUGAAACUCGAUUUAGUUGAGCUUUAAGAACAAGAAUAUUUGAGACGAUUAGAAACUGAAGCUCUGAAUAUACAGUAAACGGUUUGGUCAUGAACUUGUGUUGGUUGGUCAUCCAAGUGAGAGUAGUCCUGGGCAGGACUGUUGCCGGCGAUGCUUACUGCUGACCUUUUGACAACCUAAGUGGAAGUUGACAUCACGUUAAAGUCAAGGAGAAUAAUUAAGGAAGGGUUUCUUACGCGAAAAGAUACAUAAAACGUUUGGAAUUCAGGGUGAGAGAUUCUUUAUCAGUGGAAAAACUUUUAGAUGCGACGAUCUAUCUUAACAUAAGAGUGUAAUAGUGUAUUUAGCGUCAUCAAUGUGACUUCUCCAAAGAAACCAGUGGUCUCUCAAUCUGCGUCACACUGACUGAUGAUUUUAAAACCCUCAGCGGAAGUCAUUUUCAGAGUGGAUCAAUGUCAUUAUCUGAGCACCUGCACGCUUACCCCUCCCCCAACCCAACUACAUUCAACUGAUAACAAGUUAGGGUUAAUAUUUUUUAUGGGAGGGGUAGGUGCGCAGUUGAUUACAAGAUACUGCCAUUGACCGUGAAAGUCAAGGAUAAGACUUGUUUGUCAGUCUAAGGUGUUUCAGGUUAAAUUUGGCGUACUUGUGGAUAAAGACUCGCUAACAAAAAUUGUUAAAGGUUUUGAGGAGGUGAUAAUCCAGCAAACUCUUUGUGGAAAUUGUCUUUGCCAAGCUUUUAUACCAAAGUAAAUAGCACAUAAUUUCUUCAUCAUUUUUGUCUAUUGAAGAAACAAAUUUUUACGAUAUUGAAAGUCACACCACAAUACACUACUACAAUAGAAAUUGAAGAAAGUAAAAGCGAAUUGAAAAACUGAAAACAGGAGGCUAGGAACAGGUGGCACUUCUUAAAUGGAAACACUUUGAACGGCUAAGGCGCGUUAUGUUAUCCAGUUUGAUAGGAAUUUCGAAAGGAUAAUGUAUGUGAAAGCUUUUCUUCUCACAAGGGAUCCUCUCAAAGAACAAGAUGAAAAUUUCAAAGCUGGGAUUGUCGUUUGCAGUUUUCAACGUUUUUCAUUAUUAAGAUUGUUCAUCGUUGAUCCACUAACAACUGCUUCAAAGAAAAAAAAAAUCGUGUUAUAACAAAUGACAGUUGAAUAAGGCCGGGUACCGAAUGACUAAUGAAGGACUAACAUACAACAGGUCUUGAUUGUUAA